GGUUGAGCCGGAUGCUGUCAGGCCUCCCAUUGGAGAAGAUAUCCUAUAUAUUAAGGAUGCAGCGAUUCAGAGAAGGUAUCCACAUACGGACGAUGAAGGCCAAGAGGAAAGUGGAGGAAAUCUCCAAAGAGGACGUCCACGCUUUCCUCAAGAAGAAUGCCUUUGUGCUCUUCACAGUUGCAGCGGUUGUCGUAGGAAUCGUUCUGGGAUUCGCGCUCCGUCCGUAUAAGAUGACCUAUCGAGAAGUGAAGUACUUCUCUUUCCCCGGAGAGCUGUUGAUGAGAAUGCUCCAGAUGCUCGUCCUCCCCUUACUGGUCUCCAGUCUGAUAACAGGAAUGGCAGCUUUGGACAGCAAGGCGUCCGGGAAGAUGGGCAUGAGAGCCGUGAUUUACUACAUGACCACGACCUUCAUCGCGGUCUUCACUGGGAUCAUCAUCGUCCUCAUCAUCCACCCGGGGAAAGGAUCCAAAGCUGAGUGGAAGCAGCAGAAGAUCGAGCAAGUCAGUCCCGCUGACGCCUUCUUGGAUCUGAUCAGAAACAUGUUUCCUCCAAACCUGGUCCAGGCCUGCACCCAGCAGUUCAAAACCAAAUAUGGAAAGCGGGUGGUCCAUCUGACCGUGACGGUGAACGACAGCCUCUUCAACAACUCCACCAAUGACACCCAGGAGGUCAUGGAGAUCUCCGGGGAGGAAGUGAUCCCGGUGCCGGGCCAGGUGAACGGGGUCAAUGCUCUCGGGCUGGUGGUCUUCUCCAUGUGCUUUGGUCUGAUAAUUGGCAACAUGAAGGAGCAGGGCCAGCUCCUCCGGGACUUCUUCGACGCCCUCAACGAAGCCAUCAUGCGCCUGGUGGCCAUCAUCAUGUGGUACGCUCCUAUCGGCAUCCUGUUCCUGAUUGCAGGGAAGAUAGUGGAGAUGGACGACCUGACACAGAUGGGCGGCCAGCUGGGCAUGUACACCAUCACGGUUAUAAUCGGCCUAAUGAUCCACGGGGUUCUUAUUCUUCCCACUCUUUACUUCGUCAUCACCCGGCAAAACCCCUUCACCUUCAUCGCUGGCAUCCUGCAAGCUCUCGUGACCGCCCUGGGGACGUCCUCCAGUUCUGCAACCCUCCCUGUCACCUUCAAAUGUCUGGAGGAGAACAACAAGAUCGACAAGCGGAUCACCCGCUUCGUGCUGCCGGUGGGCGCCACCAUCAACAUGGACGGGACGGCUCUGUACGAGGCUCUGGCCGCCAUCUUUAUAGCCCAGGUCAACAACAUGGAGAUGAACUUCGGUCAGAUCAUCACCAUCAGUAUCACAGCCACGGCGGCCAGCAUCGGAGCGGCGGGCAUCCCUCAGGCGGGCUUGGUCACCAUGGUGAUCGUGCUGACCUCUGUCGGACUUCCUACCGAUGACAUCACUCUCAUCAUCGCGGUCGAUUGGUUCCUGGACCGGCUGCGUACCACCACCAAUGUUUUGGGGGACUCGAUCGGAGCCGGCAUCGUGGAGUUCCUGUCUCGACACGAGCUCCGCAGCAAGGACGUGGAGAUGGGGAACUCAGUGCUGGAGGAGAAGGAGAGGAAGAAACCCUACAAGCUCAUCUCCCAGGAUAGCGAUUUUGAAAAUGACAAACGUGCUCACAGUGAAUCCAACAUGUAGGUCGACCCUGGGUCUGUCUUAGGGGACAGAGACCUGGGUGUUGGAUGAUGUUUGAACCGUGACCUUGCAUUUCUUUACAAUCUAGUCCUUCAUCCGGUUCAUUUCUUAGAGUCCUCUUUCCUUUAAAAUUACGAUGUUUCAAAUAGGACUGGUAGAUUCUGUUUUGUAUGUUUAAUAUUUAACUUCAUAUAACAUGUAGUGAUUGAGGUGAAGGUAGGAUAAGUUACUGUACAUGCUCUGGGAAGGAUUUAAACACCUGGGCAUAGCUCAACUUAAAUUAAAAACCUAUCUAUCUUUAUCGUCCCAACAUUAGCCGGUCAAUAUUGUGGUUUUUAUUACAGGUUAUAACAAGAAUUUCAUGUUGCAGUGGCACAGGCUCACAGAUUCUUUCACGUGUGUGUGUGUGUGUGUGUGUGUGUGUGUGUGUGUGUGUGUGUGUGUGUGUGUGUGUGUGUGUGUGUGUGUGUGUGUGUGUGUGUGUGUGUGUGUGUGUGUGUGUGUGUGUGUGUGUGUGUGUGUGUGUGUGUGUGUGUGUGUGUGUGUGUGUGUGUGUGUGUGUGUGUGUGACUUGCUGAAUUUUUUUACCAACAUCGCUCAUUUUCUGUAGAUAUGACAGUGGGUGAUUAAUGCUCGUUAAAGCU